UUUUUAUCGAUGCACUCGCGGCUGCAACGUCGCUUCCUGUUGAGACAACUUUAAAUUGGUGGUACUCAGUUCGGGGUUUUGUACUUGAUUUCCGAUUCGUAUAGAGAAGUAACCGGCUAGAAAACCACCGCCUAAAGCCGUGUGCUCGAGCAGAGUCUCCUUCGCUAAACAUGGCGGACUGGAGUCCUUUGGCGAAGGUGUACGACCCGCUGAAAGCUGGCAGCAUCGACGGCACCGACGUGGAGCCCCAUGACCGAGCGGUGUGGAGAGCUAUGGGUGCCCGCUACAAGCCCAAUAAAGGCGUCGUUGGAGACCCGCUACUCACUUUAUUUGUGUCCCGCUUGAACCCUCAGACCACCGAGGAUAAACUGCACGACGUGUUCUCCAAGUACGGAGACAUCCUCCGACUGCGACUGGUCCGAGACAUCGUCACGGGCUUCUCCAAGCGGUACGCCUUCAUUGAAUACAAGGAGGAGCGGUCUGUGGUUCGGGCUCGCCGCGACGCCAACAAGCUUGUGGUAGACCAGCACGAAGUGUUUGUUGAUUUUGAGCAGGAGCGGACCCUGAAAGGCUGGAUUCCCCGGCGCCUCGGUGGCGGUCAGGGAGGGAAGAAGGAGUCCGGACAACUGCGCUUCGGAGGCAGGGACCGGCCUUUCCGUAAGCCCAUUAACCUCGGGGUCGGCCCGGUGCAGGAGCGUGCUGGUGGGGUCCGGAGGGACUGGGACAGGCACAGGGAGGCCGAGCGGGGGAACAGGAGGAGAAGAGACGAGCGCAGGCACGAUGACAGAAACCGGUACCAGGACCGGAGGUGAUGAGUGAUCAUCUGAGCUGGCUCAAACUGAGUCGAGACAUGAGGUUCUAGUCAAUUGGACAGUGAUGGGCUGUGUGACUGUAGAAGCUGCAGUUUUCACAUGAAUCUUUUUUACAGUAUCAUACGGGACUGGACCUCUAGUUCUGGAUGCUUGUCGGGCUGGUACUGUUAAGAAUUUAAUUGUCAGAGAACGUUUUACACCUUUUUUACAGUGGAAAAUGAGGACGAGUCUACUUCUGGUUUGAAAUCGGAGGCAUCUGUAAUCAAACACAUAGAUCUGUGUCACUCAUGUGUCUACAGUUUUAUACCCUUAGAGGAUUUGUGCAACAUUGGCUGCAUCGUUUGACAAGAAAAACUGUAGCAGUUUUGUCAGUUUCCUCAUCAUUUCUGUAAAAUAAAUUAUUAAAUGCC